UCGCGCAGGGUUGCGCACACGGAAGACGUAGCUGCGGCCGAGAGGAUGCAGUGAAGGAGCCUCCAGUUUCCACAGCUAAUUUAACGGCCGGGCGCCAGGACAGCGUUGACAUAAUAACGAGAACAAUGAGCGUGAUCCAGGUCGUGGACGGCGGCAGGGGCAGCCGCACCGACAACGGCGGCGGCUCCCCGAGGCUGCAGCACUGCGCUCAGCCUCCCAACAGCAGCGGCGGCGGCGGCGGCGGCGGCAGCAGCGGCAGCGGCAGCCGGACCAAAGAUGCCAGAUACCAGCAGCAGCUCCAGCAGCAGCGGCAUCACGGUGGGUCCAUGUUGAAACAGCCGUCGCUCAACGAGCCGGCCGACGUCGUGCGACGGGCACUGGACUUCAAGUGCCAAGGCACCCAGUGCUACAAGGAUAAGAAGUACCGUGAGGCGAUCGGCAAGUAUCACCGCGCUCUGCUGGAGAUCAAGGGGCUGUGCAGGGUGCUGGGGGACCCGGACACCGGCUCCAAGCCCCCGUCCCCCCUCCUGCCGACCAUCAGCAAGUCCUCGCUGACGGAUGAGCAGAAGGGAGAUAUGGAGAACGCAGAGCUGGAGUGUUACAACAGCUUGGCCGCCUGCCUGCUGCAGAUGGAGCUGGUGAACUAUGAGCGAGUGAAGGAGUACUGUCUGAAGGUGCUUCACAAGGAAGGGAAGAACUUCAAGGCUCUGUACCGAUCCGGUGUGGCCUACUACCACCUAGGAGAAUUCCAGAAGGCCCUGUACUACCUGAAGGAGUCACACAAACAGGAACCAUCAGACACCAACGCCAUCCGCUACAUCCAGUUGACAGAGAUGAAGAUUCGCCGGAGUGUCCAAAGGGAAAAGAAAGAGGCGACAUAAGCGCUGGCUGUCUGAUGACUUCUCACCCGUUACUAAUUUCAGCCGAACCGUGUGCCACCCAGACCGUACGCACCAUGAGUCAGAGGUCUUGGUGUGGAAAAAAAUAAAUAUUUGUUUGCUUUUGCCUUGCACAACAUCCGGUUGCCAGUUAUGUGAUUGAACUUCAAUGUUGUGUGCUUGAAAGCAAUUUUUAAAUUAAUUUUAUUAUUAUUAUUUAUUUUUUUAAUCGCACCUGAUGUGAUUGUCUGUCUCCAAACCGCCAAACGUAUCCAGUAUGAAUCCAUCCCAGGCAUUUUUUUUUUUUUUAAAACCAUUACAAAGUGAUGCACUGCCAGUCCAAACAUUGCACAUACAGGCCAACACUUGUGAUGGAGACGGGAGCAACAAGUUCCACAGAGCGAGUCCAGCAUGUCUGCAGGCGAGUGUAACUGCAAAUUAGCGCGUGCCCUCGCACAAGAUGUCUCUUGAAUGGCACGGAGUAAAUGAGUAACAACCACCUACACCACCAUGUUUUGAUUUUGAAAAGUACAACAAAAGACACGUUUCUUUCAUACUCUCGAUUUAUAUCUGGAGUAAAGGUGCUUUCAUGACGUAGGUUUCCGAACUCAGAAUGUGGAGGCAAGAACAUCAAGAGCACAUGGGUGCUAAUUGCAGCGUGAACUCAAGAGACAUAUCACGACAUGUAAAUGGGCUACUUUCUACGAAUCAUGAAAAAUAUAAUAGAGAGACAAGCUAUUUGUGUUUAUUGAUGCCAAAACAAAGCACUUCAUUCACAGCAUUACUGUAUCAACAAAUACUGUAUGUUUAUUGUAAAAGGUAUGCGUGUAAUAAAUGUGUCUAUUGAUUGAAGUACUUUUCGUUGUUGUGAUGAAGCAGUAGAUUUCCACUCAAUUUUGGAUUUCCACUUUUCUUCUAUAUGUUCCCGAAAGGCGGCGUGUGUAAAUAAACAAGUGAACCA